AUGAAACUCGAUGCACUAACUAGAUAUACUUAUAUUUUUAUCUUUUUCGAUAUCGCUCUAUUGGCUGCUGCAAUCUUUACUCUUUUAGUCGUCUUAGGUUGGAAAUCUCUUUUAGCUUCUGACCCUUUACCAAACGAAAGCAUUAUCACUCGUUUAGCUCUAUCCACCAACUUUGUCAAUGCUGGUCUGAUCUUCUCAAUAGCUACUUUUGUUAGUUUUGUCAUUUCACUUUGGCCAGUGUUCACCAAACCAACAAGAGACAAUGCAGCAACAAGACCAGUAGCAAUCCACAUGUUAUUUAUCUUAGUCGUCUUUCUUUUGACCAUGGGAGCCGCCACAACGAUCUGGUUCACAACCCUUCGGAUUCGUGCUCUCUUUACACCUGUUUGGAUUGAACAACCUUUGGAGAUCAAAUUGUUUUUACAAAACUCGUUACAAUGUUGUGGAUGGUUUAAUGCUACUGCUUCAGGAAUGUUUGAUCAAGAAUUAAGGACGGGGUAUUGCUCGAAUCCGGAAUCGAUCGUUAGAGAUCCUGAUCCUAAUGUUUCAAUUGGUUGUGUAGGACCUUUUACAAAACAAGCUGAUGAUCUUUUUAAUAACGCAUUUACCACUCUGUAUGGUUUUACUAUCAUUGAGCUUGGUUUGUUCUUGACAGCUGCUUCUAUCACCAACCUACGCAUACAAAAGAAGAGGUUUUUGAGAAUCGAUUAUAAGUUGACCACAGGUGGUAAAGGAGGAUUUGUAUAA